AUGCCUCGAAGACGAGGGUCUAAAGGAAAGGCAGGACCUUCCAAGCCAAAACGUGCUUCGAAAUCCGAUGCGUCCAUGAAGAAAUGGAACACGGCUGACGACAUUCCGUUGGACGAAGUUGACGAAUUUCAUUCCAACCGGGAUAAGAUUCUGCUUGAUGGCGAUGGGGAUGACUACAUGGACGGUGACGAGGACGAUGAGGUUUUCGCUCUGAAGGGCGUCGAGGAUGAAGAUUCUGAUGAAGAGGAGGACGAAGAAGCAGAACUCGGAUACGAUGAUGACGAGGACAUGGAAGAUAUCCCAGAGCCUCCUAAGGAGAAGAAGAAGGGGAAGAAGAAGGCUAAAGGGAAGGGGGAAAUCUCUUCAGAUGAAGAGGAAGAGCAGGAACCAGAGGAGGAGAGUUGGGGGCGAGGAAAGGCUGCGUACUACAAUUCGAAUGCCGACGAACUGGAUUCAGAUGAUGAAGAGGGUCAUGAACUUGAGGAGCAGGAAGCAAAGAGGCUGCAGAACAAGGCUCGCGAGCAUAUGACAGACGAUGACUUUGGUUUGAACGACAUUGUCGAAAUCCAAAAGGACGAUAUCGAUAUGAUAUUGGAGGAGCCUGCAGCACCCCCAGUCGUUGCCCCUCUCCCUACAGAACCACAAGAAAUAAUUCGACACUUGGAGAAGACCAAUCCCGAAGCACUUGCUUUGGCCAGGGAUUGGGAGGACACUGCCGAGCAAUUGAUUCAUACCGAACAAAAAAUCAAACAGGUCGAGGCUGAAACUCCCGAUGCAUUGAGCUUAGGGAUGCUUCAUCUCCACUAUCAAACGCUUCUCUCCUACACCACUGUCCUGGCCUUCUAUAUCCACCUGCGGGCGAUGCCCAAGUACGCUCAAAAGCCAUCGUUGCUGCAGUCACAUCCCAUCAUGAAACGCCUCCUCACCCUCAAACAAGCCCUUAUUACCAUGGAAGACCUGGACUUCACCAUGUCAGACGAUGAAGAAGACGAGUUCGACGACGACAUGGACGCUGUAAACAUGAAGUGGGAUGAUAUCCUUCAGGAUGGAGAGCAGCUCUGGGACAAAGUCAAGAAACGCGGCUUGGAACAGGACGAAUUGGCGGAACUACUUCGUGAAGCAGAAGAGGCCGCCGAUCUGUUGCCUAGGAAAGCCAAGAAGGAGAAGAAGGAGAAGUCAAAAGAAAAGGAGGAGCCUCCGAAGAAGAAACGCAAAGUUCAGAAGGACGACUCCGAAUCUGCUCCCGUCUUCGACCUCGUGGAACCUGAGUUUGUGUCGACAAGUAAAUCGAAAGCAAGUUCUUCGAGACCAGCACUCGUCGAUGAUUCAUACGGAGAGGCACAGUUCCUGCAACACUCAGAUGCUGCAGAUAAAGCUGCCAGGAAGAAAUCGCUUCAGUUCCACACAUCCAAGAUUGAGAGCGCCAGUGCUCGUCGCCAAUCUGCCAGGAACCAAGCCAUUGGCGGUGACGACGAUAUCCCGUAUCGGGAACGAGCGAAAGAAAAGGCGCUGCGACUGGAGAGAGAGGCCAAGAAACGGCUGGAGAGACAAGGUGGCGCAGACUUGGACGAUGUCGACCCUGAGCCGCCCUCAGGGAAACGACCAUUCCAGGACGACUCUGAUGACGACAGUGAGAGUGACGGUGGUAACGAUUAUUACGAACUCGUCAAGAAGAAGUCGAAGGAAAAGAAAGAGAAAAAGAAGGCGGAGUACGAGGCUGCAAGGGCUGCAGAAAAGUUCCAAGUGGAGGAGGAGGACGCUUCUGGUCCUCGUUCGCUGACAAGGGCAAUCCUCAAGAACAAGGGUUUGACCCCACAUCGCUCAAAGGCCGUUCGCAACCCCCGUGUCAAGAAGAGGCAGAAGUACGAGCAGGCAAAGAAGAAGCACGCCUCACAAAAGGCCGUGUACAAGGGUGGUGUUGCGGAAACGAAGGGAAGAUACGACGGAGAACGAUCUGGUAUCUCCAAGGUUAUCAAGAGUACUCGCUUGGGAUAA